AUGGACCACGUUGAGUUGAAUGUUUUAAGUGAUUACAUUAGACUGCAUUGGCUCUGCUUUCGUACGCUUGGUGAUUGUUAUAGUAAGCGUCCGCCUCCAUCUCCACCAAUCAGAGAAGAGGAGUUGGAGAAAUUGCUCGAAUCAAAGGCUGGAAAAGUAUUAGAGUACAAAAACAGAGUUAAAGAAUUAGAGACUGAUGUGGAAAGUAAAGAUGACAAACUUUCAGAGUUACAAAAACGGUUGGAGAACUUGAGAUAUGCUGCGACAGCGGACAGCAAGCUUAGUGUAGCACUGAAAGAAAAGGAUACCAAGAUUGCUGAAAUGGAAGAAAGGGUGAAAGAACUGUCAAGCACAUUCGGUCAACUAGACAAGGUGGAAAAAGUCAGGAAAGAUUUGGAGAACGAUGUUAUGAGCCUCGAAACGAAGCUGGAGGAGAGCGAAAGCCAGAACCGAAGGUUAAGCCACAGUCUCAAACAGAAGGAAACGAAAAUUGAAAGUUUAGAGAAACGGAUAGCGGAAAUGGAGGUCAGUAGGGAUGAUAACAGUCACUCACUCAGUAUGGCUCUGAAGCAGAAGGACAGCAAGAUUGGCCUCUUAACGCAGAACGUACAGCAACAGGAAAGCGAGAACAUGGCCUUGGAAGCUAAAUUAGAGGAAGUCACUGCUCAGGCAAAUAAGUUCUCCAGGCUGAUCGAGCAACGAGAGGAGCAGGUUAAAGGACUGAAAACGAGGCUUGAAGAGGCUGUCCAUCAGAACAACAAGUUGACUCAUGCUGCUGAGCUUAAGGAUGACAAAAUACAAUCACUGGAGAAAAGACUGGGAGCCUCUUCCAAAGAGCAGGUUCGACUAACAGAGAUUGUCGAAUCGUAUGACAAAAAAGCUGAAAAGGAUAAAGCUCAAAAAGGAAAGGGUGGAUCCUCACAGACCAUCAUUUUUAAACCGGCGGACUCUACAAGGUCCGGGCAGAACACUGUAGAGUUAUUAGCAAUCGCAGACAAAAGGAUAGCAGAACUCAACGAGGAAAUAAGAAUGCUAGAAAAACAGAGCGCCAAGGUGACGGCUCAAAGCGAAGGAAUGUCAUCGAGAAAUGCUCAGCUUGAGAUUGAGAACGAAUCACUCAGGAAUGACUUACAGAACGCUAGAGCGGAUUAUACAGCUUUGCAGGUGGACAUGAAUGAAUUCAGAGAUUAUUAUCAUCAAUUGGAUAUCGCAGCUUCAAAGAUGGGACACAGAUGUGAGAUGCUGGGUCAGCUGAACGCAACUCUAGAAGAGGAAAACAAAGCACUGGUGGAACAAGUGAACAAACUAGUGGAACAGAAUCAAGAUCUUCUGGUUAAGUCGUUGGAAGACAAAGAUCAGUUCAUGGACGACGAGAGAGCUUUCUCAGAUCGAAUCUACGCUUUGCAACGUCAGAAAGAACGCCUCGAGGAACAAGUUGACUUGGCGAAUAAAGCGCUGGCAGAAAGCGCGGCUAAACCUAAAAAAAAGCCUAACUUCCUUGCGAGAGUGAUGAUGAAGGCUGGAUUGAAAAAGAAGAAAGAUGACAUUUCCCAGAAGAAACGUCACAGUGUUCAACUUCUCCGAAUGGACAACAGUCAACACCUUGAGGAGUUUGACACAAGCACGUUAGUUGCCACGCCUGUAAGCAGACGUGAUGAAACGGGCAGCGAAGACUCACGGGAAAGCUCUGCUUCCGGGGAUUCGAGAGCAGUAACCAAGAGUUUGUUGAAUUCCAGCUUAAUUAGUGCACAGUCCGAUGUUGUUCUCAGACGACAGAAAGAUGGAUUCGUGUCCCCCUACAUCAGCACGCCUGUUUUACCUCGAGCGGAAGAACCAGACACCAUACGUCUCCGUUCCGCCACCCACGACGUGUCUGCUUUCCGUGCCCGUCACGUUCGUUCCGAGGUAUUCAAUGACAGCGACUGGUCACCUGGGAGGCUUAGUCGUCCGCGAAGCAUGGACGCUUUGGACAAGGUGCCAAGUAGCUCGUCGACUCUGACACCCAAUGAUGUUGACUCGGGUGAUGGACUUCCGGACGGUGAUGUAGCUGGAUCUUCGGGUAAAGUCUUGAAGCAGCCAGGGAUGAGGCAUCUUAAACCGAAUGCUUCUCCGUCAGGGAUGAGGAAGCAUCACUGGACUCGCAGUAGCCCGAACAUCUCUCCAAUUGCUCCUCGAAAGGAGCAUCCAGUGUCGCUUGAACCAUUGGCUCCCUCCCCACCUUCUAAUUCCAUGCAGAGAAUGUCAAGUCCUCGCUCUUCUCCAAUUCUCGCCCGAAAGUUGGAAGAGAAACCAACUCCUCGGACUCCGCAGCGUAGCCCAAUCUUGGGGCGGAAAGAAAAUAAUGCGCUGUCUCCUUCCCAAAAAGACGCACGACGGGCGAGCAUGCCCACCACGCAUUAAACUCAAAAUCUGGACACCAUACCAGUUCGAGAACGAACUGUAGAACCAACCAAAAGUAAAGUUUCUGUGCAAGUGAUUGCUUCCACGAACACGCCUAAUGGUUCGUCUCCGUCACUUUCUAAUAAGCCUGUCUCAUCUCCUUUUCAAGAAGAUCAGGUGAAGAGAGUUACUGUGGAAAGGAGAGAAAACAGCCCUCGGACACGAGAAGGGGCACUGGUAUUUAAUGGUGGAGUAACCAGUCCUUUUCAAGAAAGGGAGCGAAAUUUUGGCGCCGACAAACGAGAGGAACUUACUUCGUCCACACCUCGUGGAUUUCAGCGGCAAGAGAGCCUUAGAGGCGAUAAGAACGUUGUGAAGGGUAUGGAACCCUCCAGGAACUAUAGCACAUUGCCUUCUCGUGCUAAACACACGCGAGAAAGGAGCGCCAGCGGUGACCAGAAUGGUGGUAAAACAACUGAAUCCUCCAGGAACUAUAAUGCUGUUCCCAUCCAUGUUCAGCAUGUUAGAGAAAAGAGCUCAGAUGAGGACAUGAGCAAUGGCCCAAGGGUUAUUCAUGUGAAUGACUUACCCAGUCGGGACACCAGAGAAAGGAGCCUUAGUGCCGACAAAAAUGAAGGAGUCAGGGCAUCAAAGCGGCAAGGUACCAUAUUUGCAGCUUCAACUGCACCACCCCGGCAAAGUGUCCCAAUCACAGCGCAUUAUGUUACAAGUGGAACUAUAACUCAGAGCGAGGCGUCACCCAGCGCGGCAGUAAGUACUGCUGGGGCUGGAACGUCAGUUUACACCGAUUUGAAUUCAACUCCGGUGGUUUCUCGCGGGAACCGUGCGGAAGUCAGUUCGUCAUCGGUAUUCGCCAUUGUGCGGGAUAAACGUGGGGAUGAACACGUACUACCCGUGUCAAACAAUACACCGCCUUCACGCGAUUCGACGACGCCUUCUCGCGAUCACACUACUCCGUCACGAGCCAGCGCCACGUCUGAUUCUCGAUUGUUGUCGAAUAGCAGUACUGCGGUACUGAGAAAUACGGUUAGAGCUGCUACCGAUAUGUCGUCACGGUAUGGUGCGGCACCCUCGCCGCGCAACGUUGUCCCCUCGAACCCUGUGGAAUUGAAGCCAUCUGCGAACGAACAAAGAGACGAGAACAGGAAUGACACCAAGGUACUCGUUUCUUCGGCAACAAUUCAAGAAACCACUAAACAAAACGUUUCCAGCGUGCGAGCGCGGAUUCUUGAUAUUGAACACACAUCUCCGACCGACAGCGGCAGUAGAGCAUCAACGUAUGUGUCGCCUUCGUCCCAGACUCUAGGUAAAGACGACGACGACGAUGAUGCUAGGUCUGCUUCGUCGCAUCACAGCCGAGACUGCUCACCGGCACUGAAAAAAGUACGCAAGGCCAGGAAGGCGGCAAAGGAAAGAGAAAUAUUUAUGGACUCUCCUCCUGCUCCGCCAGACGAUUCGUCGACGGCGUCAGGUCGAGGGUCAGGCGCGGAGGAGAGGGUACGGACGAGAUCUGUCGGGUCAAACCAAGGAGAUGGGAAGAAAUCCUCGGUUUGGUUGGAGUAUGGGUGUGUGUGAUGGCUGAUUCGUUUAAGUUGUAAUGAAGUGGUUAUUUAUUGAUGUUUAUUGUGAUAGCCAAUUGCAAAUAAUUAGACUUAUCGUUAUCCUUAUCGGAUGUACAUUUCCAAGCAGACUACUCGCUUAAUGGUAAACGGUCCCUUACAAUAGGUCGUGCAAGAGAAAUAUUCACUCGAUCAGGUUUGAGCUAGCUCUUGCCAUAGUUUUUUUGAGUACAAAAAAGGAAAAAAAUUGCGUUUCAAAAGCUUUAUAAAAAAGGGGUACAAAGGGAACUAGCCAGCCAUAAUCUGGCAUGCUGUAUCUAUAUAAUAGUGGAACAAUACCAAAAAUGUAAGGUAGUAACCAGUCCAUGUAAUGACGUGAGUUUAGAUUACUCAUAGGCUGUCUAGUGAGCGUAUCUUGUGAAGUUCCUUGAUCAAAAUAAUGUUUAUAAUGUGUAUAUUGACCGUUAUCUACUCCCCAGAUCUUUUCUUACUUUUAUAGAGUGGGUGAUCUGGGUAUUAGUUUGCCUUUAUCCUUUGUACAGUUUUCAAGUAGUUGUUCAUAAAGUUGCCUUUCCCUACAUGAAAAUGUAUUUAUGAUUAGUUUUCUCAAUGUACGUGAAUAAUCUAACAUGAUUACCAAGUGUCAAGUAGUCUAUUUUUGGAUGACGAACGUAAACGAGACUGUAAAUCAACUGUUCGCUUUUAUGAAUUCCUCACCAUCCAGUUACGAUAAAGAAAAAGUAGAUGUGGAUGAACUUCUUUGAAAAUGUUCAUUUUGUUUUAUUUAUAUAGGUAUUUAAUAGCAUCGCUGUCCAAGAAAUAAUUUAUAAAAUGAACGUUUCUUCGAAUGGUAAAUUUCUGACCUCUUUGCUGAUCACGUUUGUAAUUCAACGAAUAAAGGUUUGGAGUUACAUCU